AUCUCAAUAUGUAUACAUAUUUGUAAAUAAAUAAAUUAUGUAUUUAUGUAUUUGUAAGCGCUGAAAGUCUAAAGUAGCGAAUUUUGAAUUCGUUGUAUCAAGUGGUUCUGUAAGAUUUGGUAUACUGGUGCAGAAUUGAAAGUUCUUGAAUAAUCCGUGAAACCACUGAAAAGCUCAACGCGAAUAAUUGUGCGAUCACCUUUAUAUAAAAUACCUACGAAAAAGACUUGUUUAUUCGGUGACUCAAUUUGUGAGUCAUUUUUAACUUGCGAUUAUAAUAUUGAUUUUAUUUGGUGCCUAAAAGUAACCACUUGUGUAUAACAAAUUUAUCUACUUGGUAUCACAGAAAAAAAUACUUAUAUUAAUUAUGACUCGUAUAGAAACUUACGUAUUUUUUGAUUUGGAAACCACAGGAUUACCAAAAGAAGAAAGGAACCGCACAAAAAUAACAGACCUCUGUUUUAUUGCUACAUCUAGAAAUGAUAUAGAAAGUACAAAACACGGUGAUACACCGCCUGUUUGCAAACUAUGUUUACUUUUUAAUCCAGAGAAAGAAGUAAAUCCUAAAGCAGCAAGCAUAACAGGACUAACAAGAGAAUAUUUAAAGAACUGUUGUACAUUUUCUGAAAAAAUAAACACGAUAAUUGCAUUUUUAAAUGAUCUGAAAAAACCUAUUUGCUUAAUCGCCCAUAAUGGGAAUUGUUUUGAUUUUAAAAUUCUCUUGAUGGAAUUUGCAAGUGCUGGAAGGUCUCUUCCUGAAGAUCUACUUUGUGUAGAUUCACUGAUUGGCUUUAGAAAAUUAUUAAAGGGUACUCAAAUAAAUUACAUUAAAUUGAAAACUCAAGAUAAUGAUAUUAUAACGGAUGACGAGGAUGAGAGUUGGCCAGCUCUAAAUAUUAGCAAUAGUGAUUGGAAUGAAAUUGAUAAUUUAAGUACAUCUCUAUGUAAAAUGUCUUUUGAAAACACAAAAAGUAGUUCACCAAGCCAGAAGGAAUCUUUUAAUCUGUCUGAUAUUUACAAAAGAUUACUUAACAAAAAGGUCACAGAUGCUCACAGAGCUGAAGUUGAUUGUUUUAUGUUAUUGGAAUCUGUUGUGGCCAUAAAACAUCUGUUUCUUCCAUGGGCUGAUGUAAACUUUAGAAAUCUUAAUGAGAUAGUACCUUUUAAACCGUACUAAAAUGGUUUCAUUACAUUUUAAAUGUUGUAUUUGUGUGGUAUUAUACUGAUAACACUGGGAUAUAGAACAGUUUAAAAUAACAAAAAAUAUUUUUAUUACAAUAUUUUUAUUACUUUAAUUAAGUAUUAAUAUUUUAUACCUAUGUUUGUAAUCAUGACAUGAUAUUAUACUAUGAAUUUGAAUAUAUAUUAAGAAUAUCGUCUUUAUAAUAAUUUAUUAUUGUUGAAUUAAUAUUAAUGAAAAAUUAUAUUCACAAAUAGUUUCA